AAUAAACCUACUUACCUAAGGUAGGUACUUACAGAAUAUUUUUAAUUUAAUAAAGUAACAUUUAAAUUAGGUAUUUUCAGGCUUGGGGGUCUGAAGAUUGGACUCCAUUUUCUUUAUGACAAUUGACAAGACAAUAUAUUGCUAUUUAUGUUCUAAAAAAUUAAGCUGUAUCCAAAAGUCAUGGUAUUGUAGAUUUUUGGUUCUGUCGGACACCAAAGUUUAAAACACCGACUGUAUCUUUCUUUACUACAAAAACUAAUUUCCCUAGUACAAUGACAGCAGUGAUUACAUCUUGGAGCCCAGAUAAGAAGCAUAGUGAUGUUGAAAGAUGGAUUUGCAUAUAUCCAGCCUAUCUGAACAAUAAGAAGACUUUGGCUCAAGGCCGACGUCUACCUAAAGACAUAUGUAUAGAAAAUCCUACUCACCAAGAAAUAAGAGAUGUUUUAUUUUCUACUGGAUUACGUAUUGGAGUUGAAAAUAAACUUUAUCCACGUGAGAGGAGUAAGGAAAUGUUAUAUAGAGGUCGGAUUCGUGUUGAGAUAAAGAAUGAUGAUGGAAAGCCUAUCAAGGAGGAAUAUCCAACAAGAGAAUCUGUCAUGAAGUUCAUUGUUGAAUCUAUUCCUAAGCUGAAAACUCGUCAAAACAGACCUGCUGAUCAACAACCUCAAUCUGUUCAACAAGGAACUAACAAAGCAAAGGGAAAGAAAGGUCGCAGAUAAAUGGAUUAUUAUUAUAAAUUUACAUGUAAUACAUUCUUAUUGUUAA